AUGCUGAAUUCCCUCGUCUCCCUCUCCCUCGUAGCAGCCGUCUCGGCGCACCAGAAUUUCCACCAGUUCUGGGUCAGUGGCGAGACGCCGGGCUACCAGGUCGGCAUCCGCAUGCCCCCGAGCAACAACCCGGUCACGGACGUGACCAGCACCGACAUCGUCUGCAACGUCGGCGGCACCGACGGCACGGGCGUCGCGACGGUCGCCGCGGCCGCCGGCGACUCCAUCAAAGUCCAGUGGGACCAGUCGUCGCACCCGGGCCCCAUAACGCACAUGCUGUACGGGCCGGUGGACAGCGCCGCCGCGACCACCGGAGUCGGCGCCGGCUGGUUCAAGAUCGACGAGCUGGAUUAUGUCGAUGGGGAGUGGGCGAACGUGAUCAUGGGCGCGGAUAAUAUGACGCAUACCUUUACGCUGCCUGCGAAGUUGGCUAGUGGUGAGUAUCUGCUCCGAUCCGAGAUGGAAGCCCUCCACGCCUCCACGACCGUCGGUGGCGCCCAGUUCUACAUCGGCUGUGCCCAGCUGUCGAUUACUGGGUCCGGUAGUGCUUGCACCCCCGAGAUCAGCCUUCCGGGGGACUACAGCGCGGAAGACGCGGACAUCUACAUCCCGGACUUCUAUUACGGCUUCGACCCCACGACGUUUGUUGCGCCUGGUGGCGCUGUGGCUACGUGCUCUUGA